AUGAACAAAUUUGAAGAAGCUUUAGAAAAUUUUACCUUAGCAAUUUAGUAAGAUUCAGAAAAUUCUGACUAUUAUUUUGGCAAAGGUAUAUUUUAAUCUGAAUAAUUCCUUAGCUAAUACUCUAAAUACAAUAAAAAGAUUUGAAGAAGCUUUAGAAAAUUAUAACUUAGCAAUUUAGAAAAAUCCUGAAAAUUCUGACUAUUAAAAUCGCAAAGGUUAAUAAAACUUAUAUGAAUAAAUAGGUAUGAUUCUAGAAAAUAUGAACAGAUUUGAGGAGGCUUUGGAAAAUUAUGAUUCAGCAAUUUCGAAAAAUCAAUCAGAUUUAAGUUAUUUUUUAAACAAAGGUAAAAUAAACUUUUGAUGAUUUGGUAGCUAAUACUUUAUUCAAAAUGAACAGACCUGAAGAGGCUUUGUAUAAUUAUGAUUUAGCAAUAUAGAAAAAUCCAGAAGAUUCAAGGUAUUAUUUUAACAAAGGUAUAAUUAAAUUUGAAUGAUUUUUUAGCUUACAUUCUAUAGAAUCUGAACAGAUUCGAAGAAGCUUUAUAAAAUUAUAAUUUAGCAAUCUAGAGAAAUCCAGAAGAUUCAAGGUAUUAUUUUAACAAAGGUAUUUUUAAAUCUGAAUGAUUUCUUAGCUAAUAUCCUAAUUAAGUUAGGAAGAUUGAAUGAAGCUCUGGAGAAUUAUGAUUAAGCAAUUUAUUAUCAACCAGAGGUAUUGUAUUAUCAUAAUUGCAAAGCUAUAAGCCACUAUUUUUCAGUUUUUAGCUUAGAUUUUAUAAAGAUGA